AUGGAGAACUACUCCUCAGAGUCCAAGGAUCGCCUGCUUGAGCAGGCUGAUGGCUACAGUGACAGCCAUUUCGACGGGUCCACUGAGAGACAUAAUAGUCGAUUAGCGGGCUCGUGGAUUCGCACGAAUGCUCUGUCGUUAGCAAUACUCGCGUUGCUCCUAUAUAUCGCGGUGCUUCAGACUGUAGAUAUCGCCUCGAAGCGUGCUGAGCCGAAGGAAAGCAUAAACGAUGAUGUGCACGACGCCCAUUCCACCCUUGCCGACCCCUUCCUAGAGUACGAAGACAGACAAGAAUGGUACGCCUAUGAGCAUCCAUGGAAGCAAGAGCCAUCCGAGGAGCUGGACGCCGUAUGGGACAACUUCCUCUACGCACGCAAUGUAAGAGUCACAGCAGACGAGAUGGACCUCGCCCACGAGAACAAGACGGAACGACUCCGGAUCAGCGGCGGCGACUACGCCGGCGUUCUGGGCGUCUUCCACCACAUGCACUGUCUCAACAACCUGCGGCGGGCCCUGCACUGGGGCUAUUACGGGCCGCAUCUCGCGGAAACCAAGCACCCGGACGCCUUCUCCACGGAGCACUCAGGUAAUCAACCAACCAUCUACUCAUCCAAAUUCUGCCCUAAAGAAAGAACCAUUGCAUCGACUCGAUCCGCCAGGCGCUCAUGUGCCAUUGCCAACACGGCGGUCUACACUGCUCUGUGGCAUGACGAUGCCAAAACGCCGCUGAGCAAGGAUCUGACGUCGAAUCACGAGGCGAAGUGUGUGAAGUGGGACAGCUUGGAUAGCUGGGCUCGGGAAAGGGCGCUUGUGCCGGGGCAGUAUAAUUAUCUCCCGGGGCCUUACGAAUCGAACAAAGUUGAUCGAAUAGGGGGGAGGUAG